CACCAGAUGAGUUGCAGGUAGUGACGGUGCAAAAGCAAUGUUUUGCUGCCGUGUACAAUGAAGAAGAUAUUCAGCUUUACAAAGAAAAAGAAACACCCGUCCGGUACUCCUGACAAUGGGAGUGUGCUUUCUGUUGGCUAUGAACUAAAAGACAAGGACCUCGGGAAGGUUCACAAGGCUGCCUCAGUGGGUGAUUUGGCAAAGUUGAAGCAGCUUGCUAAAAAGAAUGAUAUCAAUCAACUUGACAAGGAGAACAGAACUGCACUCCAUAUUGCCUGCGCCAAUGGACACGUUGAGGUGGUGCAGUUCCUUCUCGAGAGUAAAGCCAAGCUUAACCUAUGCGACAAUCAAAAUAGAUCCGCCUUAAUGAAGGCAGUGCAGUGCCAGCAUGAGCGAUGUGUGAGCAUACUGCUGGAGAAUCAUGCUGAGCCCAACCUGGUGGACAUCAAUGGCAAUACAGCCCUACAUUUAACUGCAAACAUUCCAUCCAUUUCAACCGCUGUCUUGCUGCUGGAGCAUGAGGCUGACAUCAAUGCACAAAAUAAGGAGUCAUUCACACCCUUAACUGUGGCAGUCCGUGAGGACCACAUCGAGAUGGCUGAGUUUCUCCUUAAGGAGGGUGCUGAUGUGAAUUUAAUGGAUCAAGAUCAAAGGUCCCCUUUAAUGAUAGCAGCUGGGAAUGGACAAAUUGGUAUGUUGCGUCUGCUGUUGCGGUUUGAUGCAGAUAUCAGACUAAAAGAUCGCAAUGGAUGGUCAGCAGAUGACCACGCAGUGAUGAAUGGGCAUCAUCCUUGUUCCCUCCUGAUCAUUGAGCACAGUACCCAGAGAAACGAUGGGCAAACCUUGUCACAUCAAGGUCCGAGUAAAAAGAAGAAAAGAAUGCUUUUGGGCAGUCCCUCCCAGGAUGUAGAAGCAAGCUUCUCUUUGGGAGGACCAGCUGCUGACAAAGAUGAUUUUGACGACAAUUCUCAGUCGGAGUCACUAAGUCGGGUUUCAAAAAGUGCUGCAGAUGAAUGGCCUUCAUCAGAAGAUGAUGAUGAAUCAGUUUUAAAUGAAAAGAAACCACAGAAGGUAAACCUGAGGAAAAUUAUUUCAUCUAAAAGGGGAGAAGCUUCUGUACUGCCUGACAGAUCCUUGAGUGGUACAGAAUCUGAGCCAGAGAGUGAGAAUAGAGUCCAGAUAAUCCCAUCCAUCCCAAAGGCUUUACCAUUCAACAAAACUCCACUAUGCCCAGUAGAACCCGCUCCCAUUUCCUUCCUGUCCAAAGCACCCCAGAUGACCUCUACCCCUCUUCCAAGCUACAGAAAGAAAGAAGAUUCCACUGGGGAUGAGGAUGAUGAUGACAAAGAGGAGGAGAGAGAUGAUGAUGAUGAGGAGGAGGAGGAAGAAGAGGAGGAAGGAGACAUCUCAGAUGAAAAUGAUCAACCUGAAGAGAGUGGAGAGUCCCUCAAUGCCACCUUGCCUGCUCCUGAGAAAGAAGUCUCUAAAGAUAAGAAAAGAGACUUCCUUUCUGAGCUGGGUCUGGAGAAGGGAGAGGAAGAGUCAGAUUCUUGGGACUCUGAGUCUCACUCUGAAAACACUAAUAUCCCACAUCAAGAGAAACAAAGCUUGCAUACUCAGGAUCAAGAACAGAUAUCCACUGCUCAAGAAGAGAUUAAAGAAAAUUUGUUUUAUAUUCCCUCUUUUUUAAGAGGGGAAGGAGGCAAUAGGAUGGCAGUGCUAGAGCCUCGAAGGAGUGUAGGCAUGCCGAGAGGCAGCCAGGGAGAGGUUGGAAACAACAAUAAUGAUGAUAAUGGAGGCGAACAUGUUGAUAAAGAUGAUAUACAGAAGGAGACUGAGAGGGCAAAAUGGGAACCACUUAGUGUUUUGAGCAAACUUGAAGGAGUUAAAGACAGAAAGACAGACUUGAUGGAAGAGCUUGGUCUGGGUGAUGUUGAUGAUCUUGAAGCUCAAAAAGCAGAUGCAUCAGACUGGGACUCAGCCAGUACUACCAGUAAGAGAACCCUGCCUGGCCGCAGAAUGGCCUCCCCUGGACUUGAAGAGUUUCCAGAAUGCUCUAAUCCAUCGGUUAAAGAGCAGGAUGAAGACAUUGCUCCAGCAGCACCCCUUACACCUCAGAGGAGCAUCAAUUCCAACAAGAGACUGCCAAGCACACCCCCUCAGCCCGUGCCCCAUCCACAACCUCGAGCAAGGAAGGUAGUGCUUCAGAAACCAGAGAGUGAAGAAGAAUCAGAUUGGGAACCAGACAAUGUGACGUCUUCUUCCAAUACAGCCAAAAUUGACACUCAGCUACAAAACAUAGCUGAGCUUCAGGCAGUGGUUCGACCAGGUUCCCCUGAGCUCUCACCAAUGGCAAGAGACACUAAAAGUAAUGUAGAAUCUGACAAGCAGCAACAAAAGGUUGGUAAAGAGACGACAAACACUGCAGUGGAGAUGCAGAAGUCCAGUACCUCCUGGGAUACUGGUGGAAUGGCAUUGGAAGCAGUGGGGGCUGAGAAACCUGAGACCAGGUUAGGAUGCCUGUCAAGUGAAGUUGGAGCAAUUCAGCAGGAACAGCAGCCUGUGGCCACCAAGAGCACCAACGGGGCACCAGUGCAAUUGCAUCUCCCACUCCAGCAGACCUACAAUAGCAACAAACAAGAGGGGCAAGCUGUAGAGGAGAACUUACAGCUGGAGCUGGUCAGAGGGGCCCGGCGCAGCAGAGCCCCUCAGACCAACACCCAUGUUAAUGGAGAUCCUCUCUCAGUGUUUGACGAUAGCACUUUAAGUGAAGUGUCGGACGAUGAAGGAAGGUUGUCAACCAAUAGACAGCAGAAAAACGAGAACCCUGAAGAAAUGGAAAUGGCAGAAGACUUUGAUGAACUCACUCAGUCAUCGGACACAGCUACAGAUGACAUCGACUCUCCCACUUCAGGCUAUCGCCAUGCAUCCCUCCUCAUUCAGAAGCUGGACUCAGCCACUUUGGACUCAAGAAGCAUGGUGAAGCUGCAGAACAUUUUCCAUGAAUAUGAGCGCUCCAUUCAGAAGGCAAGGAGUCGCCAUGGUUACCUGGCAGACAAAGUGAGCCAGCUUGAAAUGGAGAGGGUGGAGUUGAAGAGCUCUCUGGAGGAAGUUAAAGAUGUUAAAUCUGGCUUGGAACGCAACCAGCUGGAAUUGCAGACUGAAGUCACAAACCUCAAAUUUCAGCUGAAACAGGAGCAGGAAAAUCGCCGCAACACCACCAUGAUGUACAACACCACUAGAGAUAAGCUGAGGAGGACAGAAGAGCAGCAACAGUUAGAGGUUCAGGAGAGACAGAAGGUGGAGCUCACCCUCAGGAAUAUGGAGCUAGAGAUGAGAACACUGGUUAACAACAUGAAACAGCUUGAAGAGGACCACAGUGAGACCCAGAGACUGCUGGCUCAGGAGCGCAGUGCUCGGACGCUGCAGGAGAAUCUGCUCAACAGCCAUCUCCGUAAGCAGCAAGAGAUUGAGGACGAGAACAAGAGAAACAUAAGCAGAAGCAAUGAGGCCUUGUCUCAGCUCACUGAGGCCAGUGACAGGGAGAGGGAGUUGCUCCAGCAGACUGCUACCUUACAGGAGCAGCUGACCAUCCUGAAAACAGACCUCGAGCAUUUGCAGGCCAACAGCAGUCUCAAGGAGAGCCACCUUUUGGAGGAGAACGAGGCCCUCAAGGAACAGCUCGAAGAUGCUCGGCGAGAUCUCAAACUCAACAGUGAAGCCCUGACCCAAACCGUCUUCAACUGCAAUAACCAGGUGACCGCUCUGAAGUCUGAGUUGUCUAUAACAACAACCCGCCUGGAAAAUGAGCGGCAGACUCGUGAAACAGUGGAGACAGAGGUCGAGUCCACUCGUACCCGCCUGGCUGGAGCCGUGAAGGAGGCAGAGCUUUGCCUGGCAGCUCAAACAGAAACAGAGAGAGCUCUGCUCCGGGAGAAAGAGGAACACCAGCGUCUUAAAGAUAGACUCACAGGUGAAACUGCAAGUCAGCGUGAGGCGGUCAGCAGCCUGUCCCAGAAGCUGUCCAAGGCGGAGGCUCGUGCAAACAGCAUGGAGAACGAGGUUCAUCGGGUCACACUGCAGCUGACGGAGAAAGCUUUACUGCUGGAGGUCCUACAGCGGGAAAAGGACCAGGCAGGUGUACGUGUCAAGGAGCUAGAAACUACUCUGCAGGCCGAGAGGGAGCUGGUCAGCCGUGCUGGAGCACGCCAAGAGGCCACACAGGAGCGGCUAGCCCAAGCCCAGAGUGAGGGCAUGUUACUUCGGCAACAGCUGGAGGAGGCCCAGAACAAAGGUGUCGCAAAGGAGCGUGCUGUGACAGACGCCCAAGAGCGCUUCAGUGACAUCUUGUCCAAGCUGCGCUCUGACUGUGAAGAGAGGGUACAGCUAGUGGACGAGAGAAAUAAGGAGCUCGCCAGUAAGGCUGCUGAUCUCCGAGAUCAGAUCUACAAGUUGGAGGAAGAGAAGAACGAAAGAGAGACUAGUCUGAGGCAGCUGCAGCAGGAGCUAGCUGACUCACUCAAAAAGCUGUCAAUGAGUGAAGCUUCUCUGGAGGUCAACACACGCUAUCGCAAUGACCUGGAGGAAGAGAAGGCUCGGCUCCUCAAAGACUUGGACAGGCUCAAAGGAAAGCUGGAGGAAAGCGAAGACCAGUAUGUGCAGGCUGAGAGACGUGUUAACAGUCUAAAGAGCAUGCUGGAAGAAAGGGAAAAGGAACUCACCACAGCUGCUCAGAAACUCCAGGAGGCGCUGUCCGCCUCAGCAGCAUCUGAUACCACCAUCAAACAGCUGGAGGAAGCUGUGCAGCAGCUAGAGAUAGAGAACGCCAGGCUGGAAGCUGCUGCAAAGCAACAGUCCAACAAAAUUGAUGCACUUCAGAAAGGAGCUCAGGAAGCUGCCAUGCUAUCUGACUGCUCACCUGGAGGAGGGGUUGGUAUUGUGGAUGUCAGAGGUCAUUUGGAGGACUUGGUUACAAACCUCCAAAGCAGUAAGAUGACUUUGGAAGACCAACUCAGUAGAGAGGUCCAGAAACAAAGCAUGCUGUCUCACACAGCCCAGGACUCUCAGGCCUUGUGGGAGGAGGAGCUGAAGAGCCGCUCUAAGUUAGGACUGCGCCUGGCAGAGCUUGAAAAGGAAAAAGGAGAACUGAACACCCAGAUGGAAAUAGAAAAGAAGAAAGCCAAGAAAAUUGCGGAGCAGAAGAAGUCAAUAGAUUCCCGGCUGGAUCAAGAGAUGAAGAGAAACACAGAGCUUCAAAAAGAAAUGUACAGGUUGCGCACUUUAUUAAAGACUGCAAAGAAGAAACUGCGGGAUCAGGACACAGGUGGAGUUGAAUUUAGCUCUCCUAUGAGCAGUCUGCGGAUGGACCAUGGCAGACACAGCCAGGCUGAGGGUGCUGUUGGACGAAUGAAAGAUAAGUUGGACGAUCUGCAGGUGCAGCUGGAGAAGGAAGUGUCCCGUCGCAGCCAGUUAGAGAAGGUGAACGGGGAUCUUAAGGAUCAGCUGGCCUCCCUGAAGAGCUUGAGCCGCAGUAAUGACCAGCUGGAGAGGAGUAAGAGGCAGUUGGAGGAGGAGGUGCUGGACCUGAGACGCCGAAUGGAGGCUUCUCAGAUGGAGCAGAGCCAAGUGGAGCAAUACCGCCGUGACACAGAGGACAGGGCCCGGCAGGAGAUACAACAGAAACUAGAGCAGGUCAACCUCUUCCUGCAGACCCAGGCAGCAUCCCAAGAAGCACUGGAUCAGAUUAAAGCAGCCAAUGAGGCCAACCUGCGCUCCCAGCUGGAACAAAAGAUCCGGGAGAUGGAGGGGGAACUGGGCCGGGCCCGCAACACCCAGCAGGACAGCCUCAACCAAAGAGACUCCACACGCACAGAGCUAGAACGAUACCGCCAACUCUACACAGAGGAGCUGCGCCUCCGCAAGUCUCUGGCUGCCAAACUAGAGAGGGCCAAUAGUCGGCUCGCAGAAGCCAAUUCCAAGUUGCUCAACGAGCGCAGCAGAUCUCUGAUCACCAGCAGCAUCGCAAAUGGAAGCCUUGGAGGGCCCUCGCUGGACGUGGGUUCAUUGGGUUCACCAGCACACUAUGGGGCCACGCUGGGGCCCCUUAACAGGAGCCUCGGUCUGGGACUCUCCCUCCUCAGCCCUGUGACUGAGGGACAGAACAGCAGGGUUGAGGACUACCUAGCCAAGAUGCAGAGUGAGUUGGAUAGAAACAUAUCAAAGGAAUUAAACAAUGCCACAGCAGAGCUGGACGUUUCUUCAGCCCGUAUGUCACCGGUGGGCUCAGCCUCCAGGGUGGAGCUGGACCCCGUCAGCAGGGCUACGCAGCAGUACUUGGAGGUAUUAAAGAAGAACAACAUGAUCUGAACACACAUCACAGCUGCUUGCAGUCAAACGUUGUAUUUCAGCCAUUAAAAAACUUGAAAGCAACAUUAUGCAAGAAUUGAUAUUUUUUGCAGUUUGCUGCCCCUACUGUUUCUGAGUGGAAUUCACUUCUUUACCACUGUCAUAAAUAUGGACAGCUGUACAUGUGCAUUUGUUCUGAUUUCAACACUUAUGAUCAAGAACUACCACCAGCAUUCCUGCUGGGUUUGCAGCAGCUGCAGUUAGUGGCAUUUAGCCAUUACUGUAGCAACAAGUAAAGCUAUUUGUCCAGCAGGAAACUCCAUGCAGAGCAGCCAGAGGACAUCAGAGGGAAAACCAGAAACAUUUUUCUCCAUAAACUAUGGUCCAGUUUCAUCAAAAUAGGUGAUCGUAGGUGGUGUGUGACUUAGUGCCGUAAAGCACUGCGUACUUCUUGUUAGAGAUUGUACCUGCUCAACCCAAGUUAGCGAAGAGUGGGGAUGACAAAAUGAUUUUGAAGCGGUGGUUUUAAGGUAAAACAGUUGCAUAAUGUUGCUUUUAAUACUGCACCAACAAUAAGCCGCCGCCCACUCAUACGUAUAACACCAAAAAUCCAACUUAUGUACGUAUUUACUCUCCCUUCUUUUAUGAAAGAAGCAAACAUAAUGCACAUUGCACUUAACCACUCAGGAGCAAAGGGCAUGAGUCAUAUAUAUAUAUUGCAUCAUUGAUGGGUACUAUUAGAGAGAACCUCAAAAGUAUUUGUUCCUUCUUAUUAAUUCUGUUCAAUCUGUAACAGUUUUGUUCCUAUUAGCACAGUGUAUAUAUAUAUAUAUAUACAGAGUCGUGGUUUGGAUUUUUAUUUGUGAAUAUUGGUGUUGCUAAAUUUGAAUUUAUAAGUAUUUGAUGUACAAUAUGCAUCAUUAAUAAUUUUGCCAAGAUGUUACAUUUGGUACGUGCCAUCAAAUGGUGCAAUAUCUGUCUUGGUCUUAGACUCAUCGGAGUAUUUUGUUUGUGAUUAUUUUAUUUAUUCUUUUUUUAUGAAUGAACAUGAUAUACUUGAAAAAGACGAGCUGGAAUACUCUCUGGCUAUCGAAACAGGGUGACCACAUAUGUACAACUGUCAUUUCAGCUUUUGCUUGGUUCGGUUUUAGGGCCACCGAAAGUGAAACAUGCUUUUUUUGUUUGUUUUUCUUUUUUUUUUCUCCACUAUUAAUAAAUACUUUAACAGAAUCCAUAUAGGAAAACACUUACGACGCCUGUACA